AUGUAAUAAAAAGUAGUCUUUGAAUAGCCUUGUCCAAAAUAAGUGAAUGAGUAAUAAUAUGCUUUCCACAUAGUGUGCCAUUUUAUGAAAGUGAUAGUAAAACCUAUUGGAGGAAAAUAAGAAAUGUUUGCCAUUCAAUUCGAUUAUUCUAAAUGCCUAUUAUCAAAUCUAUUUAAUCACCAGUAUAUAUAGUUGACUAAAACAAAAGGACGAAGUGACCUUCAAUCAGAAUCUAACAAAAUUCCGGUCGUGUACUCAAAUAGGUUCACUUAACAAGGAGGAGCAAAUGGCCAAAAAGAGAGCAAAUGACGAUUUAAGUGAUGCGAUGAAAGCUAUAAAGCGAGAAAGAGAACUCUUCUAUUAUGUGGAGAAGGGCACCUCAAUUGAUCUAAUUGAAAAAAUUCUUAUGAAUGAUCCUAAGAGGUAUUUAAUAGAUUUAUGCAAUUGGAAGAUACCUUUAUGAACCAAAAAGUCCCUUGAGAUUAGUGAACAAAAAGAAUUCAUAAGGAUUUACUCUAUUAUAUAUAGCAGCAAAGAAUGGAUUUGAGGAUGUUUGUAAUAUCCUAAUUUAAUAUGGUGCUGAUUAAAAUAUUUCAGUAUAAGUAAUUUAUAAUUGGUAAUAUAUUUAGAUAAAUUAAAUUGAUGAUUAUCCAUUGGUAGCUGCAUUUCGAUGGAGACAUUUUGAGAUUAUUGAUCUUUUAUUAGCCAAUAAUCCAAAUGAAAAAGUGAAAACAUUAUGUUAAUAAUCACUCGACAAGAGUCAAAGACAAAAAUAUUCUUAAUAUUUUUGA